GUCGAUAAAAUAUUGAUCUAUGCAAGCUGGCCUAGGCUUGGGCUUGGGCAGGAUUCAUCCAGCCCAUUUGAAGUCCAAGUGCAGGCCCGUUAGCGGGUGACGAGUCAUCUAUGUCCAGCCAAUCAACUUCGUCGUUUGCACCCAAAAUUCCCCAAUACAGUUCUCUUUUCCACCCGCGAAUCGGCAAUUGCAAAAACUCGGGGACUUGCCGCCGGGCAAUGGACGAGAACGGAGUGGCCGCCGGGCAGGGUAAGUACAGGUGCGGCACCGCCGCGGAGACCCUAGAAUGGAUCAAAGCGAUCGUCGAAUUCAUACAACCUUACAACUUCUUAAUCACGGCGCAAGUCGUAAAUUUCUUCACGGACAGACUGUGGGAAGCUUUAGAUAAGGAAUGGGUUGAUUGCCUGCGGAACGAACCAGUUCAGCACCUCCUUCUCAUUCCUUCCGGUGUGGUUCAGGAUCAUUGGCCAGCUUCUCUCAAGCAAUUCAUACUCACUUUGAGGUCCCUCGCGUUUCCAAGGGAGCAAGUGAACCUGCAAAAGCUUUUUCCCAAGCUGAACAUGACAUCGCUUAGUAGUGUACUUUCCCAGGGGAUGAACAAGAAGAAACGACACGAGAUUGAAGUCCUUUCUGCUAUUGUAAGUUCAAUUACAAAUGAAGUGGGUGCAGAAGUGAUUGUUGAUGUUGGUGCUGGUCAGGGGUACCUGGCACAAGUGCUUUCCUUUCAGUACCACCAUCAUGUAGUUGCAAUUGAUGCUUGCUCUCAUCAUGGCAAAGUCACAGAGUCAAGGGCUGAGCGAAUAAGAAAGCACUAUGCUGCUCAAAUGCGUAAAUUGGGUUCAGGAAAUGGGACAAUCAGUACACCCAGGACAAUAACUUGCCGUGUAUUGUCAACUGACAUGCUAAAAUCAUUGGCCGACAUAGUACCACCAGCUGAUGAUGUCAAGGGGGCACAGUUAAUUAACCAAGAUACGGAGGGGAAAGCUUCGUUGGUACUUGCUGGUUUACAUGCUUGUGGUGAUCUUUCAGUGACAAUGCUGAAGACCUUUUCUGAAUGCAAAGAUGCUAAAGCUAUUAUUAGCAUUGGUUGCUGUUACAACUUGUUAUCUGAAGAAUGUUUCAACUCUGCUGGUUCUCAGACCGGAUUUCCUGUGAGCAAUGGUGUUAGGGCCACCAGCAUUUCUCUGGGGAAAAGUUCCCGUGAUCUUGCCUGUCAGAGUGCAGAGAGAUGGAGUUGUCUCGACAAAGAUGCUGGUCUUCAGAAUUUUGAUUUGCAUGCCUUCCGUGCUGUUUUCCAGAAGGUUCUUUUUAAAUACUAUCCUGGAAUCAUAACUUCAAGACCCUCGGUUGGCCGUCAAGGGAAGGCUCUGCGCCGCAAGCAGCAGAGGGGGGUCCCCUAUUCCUUGGAAAAUGCUGAAGAUGACGAUUAUAACUCAGCACUGAACAUAAAUGCGAACUCAAAUGGUGCAGCUUGUGAUUUGGUUAAUGAAGGACUUGCAGCUCCAGAUAAGUGUACACUCUUUGAGAAAUUCAGUGUGUCUGGACUCUCUCGCCUUGGCCUUGAACCCUUGCAGGAGAUUGAUUUCCAUGAAAUCUGGAGUGAAUCUCAGCCUUAUGCAGAGCUUAUCGGGCCAUAUUGGUCUCUUCGAGCUGCUAUGGGACCUGUUUUGGAAACUUUGCUUUUGCUCGAUAGAGUAUUGUUUCUCCAGGAGCAAGAUGGACUAUUGGAUGUAGCUAUGUUCCCUAUUUUCGACCCUGCAUUAUCCCCUAGGAAUUUAGCUAUAAUUGCUAGAAGAACUUGACGCUAAGGUGCAAAUGAAGCAUUACAAAAAUGGUAUUGGAAUUGCUUGCAUAGGUUGCAUUGCAUUGCUGACGUGUAAGAGAAGUGCAGAUAUGAUCUUGAUGCCCACCUCCUGGUUGAGCAUUUUCUGUCCUACUGGUUGAUGCAAGUUAUGUGGAAUGUCUAACGGAAAACUAUUGGGAACUGUGUAUGUUGCCCCAUGAACGGGUUGAAAUUUUAACGAUGCUCUUACCUGUUUUUCUUUUUGUGUAACUCAUCGGCGAAAGCUUUGGUUUUAGUACUAAUACCUUAGCCAAGUGUUUGUGAAUUCCUGGAGACUUCUUAUGCCAACAUUCGAGUGCGACAGACCUAGUUAGAGUCUUAGAGGUCAUUUCUCAGGGUCCACCUGAGGCUGCUUACUAUUGUUCUGAUGCAAGCACUUGUAGGACCUUGUUAAUGUUUUCCUAGUUCAUGCAAAUAAUUAUAGGCUUUGUGAUCAUUAUUGUAAUUUGCUUACCCUACCUGCUUUAUUAUUGUUCCAUUAAACUAGGAGAAUCAUUGUAAUGAUCAUCGUCAUCCAUUGAAGAAGCUUCAAUAUUCGUGUUUGAAAGGACUUUGAUAACUGUAGCUUUCUUUCUAUUAGCAGUGUGCAUGGAGGUCACUGUUGGCAAGUUGGAAAUAUUCUGGUUGAUUAUAUUUUGAUAGGGUAAAGCGUUUGUCCGCUCCCAGUUUGUCAGGUACCAAUUUCCGACCCACUCUAGGAUUUCCCAUCAUACACGGACUUUGAUGAGAAAGAAGGCAAUAAAUGAUGUAAGUACAGUUUUUGUUUAUUACUUAUAUCCUUGUUGGAUAUCUCAAGUUGGAUUUUUCUUAUCAGGGGACUGGGGAAUAUUGCUGAAUAUUGAUGAAAAUCUAGCCGGUCUUUUGCAGUUUCUGACUGGCGGUUCAGCUGUAGAAGUCCUUGCAGGUAAAUUAUACCCUUCUUCUCUUUUAAUUUUGUAGGGGCCAAUGCUAUUUUGGUCCCCAUACUAUGCUGUUUUACCAAAUACAUCUUUGUAUUAUGAAUGCCAACAAAUAUCUGCCUGUGCUAUUUUGUUCAUCAGUUUCUAGUCCCUGUGUACUGAAUUAUGUCCAAAUCUGACUAAUGAGGUCAACCUAUUGCUUAGUGUGUGCUUUCUUGACGAGACUUGUCACAUAUGUUGGAAAUUUGUAUUUCGCAUCUCAAUUCAUACCAUUGAUAAAAUCCGACCUCCUUAAGAUCUGAAUGAUGGAUGCAUCUUGUGAAAAUGAGAUGAGAGGUAGAAUUUUGAGGUGCAAAACAUGAAUUUUCAACACAUUUGGCAUGCCACUUAUCAAGGAAGUGCUUACUAAGCUUGAGUUUGAUAUUAAAUGUGACUAGUUUUGAUAGAAUCUUUAAUCAAGGGACUAAAAGUCGAUAAAGGUCGUAUUAGAAAGAUUAGAGGUACUAUUGACCUCUUCUUUAUGUGAGGAACAACAAAAGAACAAUAAAACAAUGACAAAAGAAAAGAAAAAAGGAAGAGGGCAAAGAAUAUUGGAUAGGUUUGGCAUUUCAUUAUUGUUUGUAAUAGAAACUGGUGAGAGUAGGUUCUUGAGAUGAAUUGAAUUUGUUGGGAAAAGGCUUAGAGGGGUAUAUGAUUUUGGAAGCUCAUUAGACAAAUCAGCAUCAGUUGAAGUAAGCAGAAGAAAAAAAAAAGCAUUAAGGAGGGUGGGAUUUGAUUAUUUAUUUUUUCAGUUCCAACUGGCAAUGCCUAGCAUUGGGCCACGUGUUGAGGAGAAUAUUGUGAUUAACUUAAACAAUUCCUUCUCAUUUUUGUUUUUUUUUUCUCUCCUAGUAGGGUCUCUGUUCCCAGUAGCUGCCGACUUCCCCAGGAAUUUCUUAGGCAAAAUAUCUGAUUUGGUUGGAGGUUGACCCGAAUCGGUUAGGAAUGGAGUAUAAUUCAAUUCUGUUUCGAUUUCAAAUUCAAGACUUCCCCUGCUCUUUCUCAAAUUAUCAGAUUUAUCUCGAGUACAAGGGAUCGAAUGAGGACUGCACAUAAUUGAAUCUGAUCGAAUGCAAUUUUGAUAUGAUUCUGGUUAUCUUUUUAUCUCUGUCCGGUUCUAUACCAGGUUUGAUUCUGGACCGGGUUGAUUCAUGCACACCCCCCCUCGCUGAUAUCCCUCUCUUCUUUUGUCUGUCUUCACUCUUCAGGUACAUAUCUACCUGUGACCAGAAAUAGGCGGAAAGUGAAUGAUCACAUACUAAUUCAAAGACGUCUAAGUGCAGUCUCUUCUGAGAAGUUCAGUCCAGAUAUGCUCUCUUGAACUCUUCCUUUCACAAUUGCCUUAGACUGGUCAAAGAACUUGCAGUCUUUCUUUUGUCUUUAAAAACCACUUCUGCUCAACCAUUCUUAGAACAGUCUUCUUCUGUGGUUCAUAUUUACUUGGUUUUUAUCAUAGACAGCAACAGUAUUGUUAGUUAGUCCUCUCAUCUAAAUUGACCGCUAUCUAACCCUGUGGAUAGGUUCUCCUGCCCGUGUGCAGUGUCACCUUAGUCUCUUACGGCAUUGUUUUUUUCUGGCAUAUGAAUAGUAUCAAAUACUUCUAGGAGCAUUAAGAUAAACAUCAAUGUUCACGGUAUUAGAUGUUAGACUAGAGGUGUUUGGAACUGAUAAAGUUGACCUAUAGGGGACGAAUCUUUGCAGUUUAGAUUGAUCCUAAGCUACAAUCAUGUAGAUUGAACAUAAGGAGGUUAGGCUUCGUAUAUUUAUUUGCGGGGUUUCUGUUGUAGUUUUUCAGAUCUGCCAAAUCACUGACUGUGGGAUAUUUGGUAUAGAAGAUGUGAAGGUCGUGGGGGAGCUUGAGUAUUGAAUGUUGUUGGAAACUUGACCAAGUCCAGUGUGGGAAUGUGAGAGCUUCUGUGUGUUAGGAAAGAGAAGGGGCCAACCUAAUCUUCAUCAAUCUGCCAUUUAUAUAUAUAUAAAAGGAAUGACAUCAUUUGUAUACAAUAAACCAAUAAGUGGAUAGUUUAGGAAGAUCAUAAUCUUUGUUUUAGUCAUAUCCAUUUUGCUCUCCUUUUCUUGUUUAAAUAAAUCCGUCAAGUCAUCUCAUUAUUAGCUAACUGUCAUUUUCCACUCAUGGGAGUUGUUUGAAAAUCCCCUGGUUUGUAGUAAGAUUUCAAAUGAUAGAAGGGAAUCGCUAGUAUAUGCUGUAGGUGGGAUGGAUGGAGGUUUCGUUAUGGUCAUUAGGACGUAAUUGUUAUGUAUGGAUCGAUCCUUUUAGCAAUGAACUCGGGACCUGAAUUUUUUUGUGUGGAACGAAUAAUUGGCGAGGACGAAUUGCUGUCAUAGUAGAGGGACUUGUUUGUUGAAAUAGUAUAGUACAGGGACUGCAAAUUUCAACAAACGGUUUGUAGGAAUGUUCAAGUUUAAUUGAUGAGAAGUUGCACACUUGCACUAAGGUCUUUGUCAGCUCUUUCCACAGAUAGAUUAAGGUACCGACGACGAGAAAUUGGAAUUCCGGUCAUUAUAGGGAAUUCUGGUCAUUGCAAUUUCGUGUGCAUAUUCUAUCCUUCUUUCUCUCGGUUUUCCUUUUCUUUUUCACUUCAAAUUUGCAAGUGGGCAUUUUCAUGUAUUAUACGACAUAGGUAUGUAUAUUACCUAAUGUAAGUUAGGAAUUGGGUGGGUAUAUGUUGGGUUUAAGAGAAGGCGUCAUUUUUUGGUAUGAGGGAGUAAACUUGGAGGAGUCAUUCUUCUUCCCCGUGCUUGUAUUUUUACUUGUGGUUGUACACCAUAUAUAUUGAUGAUAGUUUAGUAGAAUUAUACCGAUAACCAAAAGUAAAAUACAGCCCUGGGAAGAAGAUAAGUUUGAUUAGUGAUAACUCCUAGUACCUGACUCCACAAGGUGGUGUUGAAGGAGGCGAUAAUAUUUAAUGAGCGAGAUACAUAGUGAGCACUGAGCAUUGCGCGAGGGGUUGUUAAUGUGUUGGAUAGUGAGCGGGCAGUCUUGAAAUCGAUUAUGAUUCAGGAAUGAAGUGAGUAGGUGUCA